AUGGCCACGACGUCAGUCCAGGGCGCACAUGGCUUGUUAGCUGUAUAUCCUGUUGGCUCUACUACUCCCUCAUCGCAAGCGCCACCUUCUUACGUGCAGCCGCAUGUGCAUCGACCGGAGGGACCGUAUUCUCAUUCACAUCUGCCAUCGUCUUCCGACUACGCGUACGAGCUCGGGAAUUUGGACCCUUCUGCGGCAAGUCUCCACGACAGAAGAUACUGGGAGACUAUGAGGAAUGAUGCUGUAAGACACCUAGGAGAGCAGGGGUUCGGGAACCCUUACCAGGUUGCGCAAAGUCCGUGGACAUCCUCGUACCAACAGGCGUCAAGCUACCAGACGUCGGCCUUCGCACACUCUGUGUUGCAGCAUUCACUGCCUUCCUCCGCUUAUCCAACCCCUCCACCUCCUGGUAUCCGAACGUCGUCGUCAUCUCUGGCCAACGCACUCGGUCCGCCACCGCCAAAACCGUCAAGGACCCUAUACAAUGCGGCAGACUCUGCAGAAUUCUUCGAUGGCUUUGUCACCCAAUCUGCCGUUCCCGCUGAUCCAGUACUUGCGUAUAACCGCGCACAAUCGCCACCUCGUCAAUCGACUGCCUCGCAACCGGAGAGUCCUGAUCCCCUAACGCUUACACCCGGUACCCAGACUCCGCGGAAGCGGAAGAUUGCCCAUCUCUUAGCGUCGCCCAUAUCGAAGCGACGACAAACCGAAGGCGAUCCUGAAAUGUCACAGCAUAUGUCCACCAUUUUACAGCCCAACCGGUUGUCUUCCAAGCCUGCGAGCUCGCUUACUCCAAAAGGAAGACUUCAACCAUACGUCGAUGUCCCUCCCCGCACCCCGCAUCCCAAUCACAAACUGUAUCCGUAUGUGGAAAUUUCCGUCUCGGCGAGGGCUCCUACUACUCCCACUACGGGAAAGAGGAAACGACAGGUCGACGAUGAUGACGUGGACCUCGGUGGGUUCGAAUCGGUCGACCAGAGCUCCCCUCCGACGCAUAUAUACACCAGCAGGAGCGGUGCGAGAUCAUCCGCCAAGAGAACAACCGGCGAACGAGAUAGUAGAGCCCCACUCGAACAGUUCGUCGCAUUACUGGAAGACAUCUUCGAAGCCGAAGACGCGCUGUCUCCGGAUGCUGACCCUAAGGACUUACCCGAGAACUGCUCACAUCCUCUCCUCGCUCCGAAGAUCGUGCAGAAGCUGUUGAAAUAUAUCGCCAAGAUGGCUCGGCCCGCAGGACAGUCACGAUCGUCGGGAAGAGACGAUGGUGCCAAUCGACAGAAGGGUCGCAUGGCAGAUGUGGAAAUGACGGCUCUGUCGAGGCUCCUCAAGAUGUUAGAACGAAGCGCGAGAAUGGGCCAUGACGUUGACCCCUUCGAGACAUCUUCCGCGAAAGCGAGUGACUCGAUGCAUGGCAGUCCCAGGAAGCGUCAAGGCAAGGAUCACGUUGCGCAAAUGGACGAAGCCCACUCAAGGUCAGAAACUCCGCGGACAUUCGAUGGACGUGGCACUGCCCUCUCAGAUGACCUGCCCGCUAACGUCGAUCACACCGAGACCGACACUUCAGUGUUGGAUCGGUCUCUGGAUGUCGCCCGUGACAGUAUUUUGGCGGCGAACUGUUGUAUCUCGCUACUGAGCAGUGACAGGCUACCUAAACAAUUGUAUUCAGAAGAGCUCAUCAACGCCUGUCUCGGUGCCGUGAAGAAUCAACUCGAAAUGAUAGUGUAUCCGUUCGUCGAGAGUACAGGAGGACCGCAGUCGCGAUUGCUACGGCACGUUAUGCACCCCUCUACCCGCGGAAGCAACUGUCGCCGUCAGCUAGCCGAAUUGUUCCAGACACUGGAGGCCGCAAUUCCACGGAUUAAUGAACUCGUGAACGCCGACAGGCUGGCAAUGUCUGAAGGCAUCAUUAUUCAGGUCGUCUACAUAGCCAUCGGGCCGUUCUUCGUCGUUGAGAAUGGCGGCGAAAACGAAGGGAAAGGCAAGAAGGAGAGCGUGGUUCUGAAUACGCUGGGCAGCAGUGCUAUGAGGGGGCUUAGACUGGAUGCUUUAGCGUUGAUUCGAAGUGUUUUCGCUAAUCACGAAGAGCAACGGAGCUGGAUUAUCGAGGAGAUCUUGACGUCGUUAAUCAAGCUCUCUGAUAGCAAGCAGAAAGCAGGGCAAUUCCGGCUUCGUGAUGGUCGCUCAAUCAGGACAGUGUCCGCUCUGCUCAUGCAGCUCAUUCAGACCUCAGCGCAUGACGUCAGAAUUGACGUUCAAGCUAUGCGAAAGUCUCGAGAAGUAUCGGCGUCCCAACGCCCAGGGGCGUCAGACACAGAGAAACUGACGUGUUCACAGGAGUUACGGUUGUAUGUGUCCGGAUUGGACUCGGCGACGAAGGCUGCAAAACAAUUGUCGUCAGGCAAAAGUAAAACGACAAAGAACUCAAAUGAAGCCGAGUAUCGUGUCAUCUUCGACAACCUCAUAUCCGACUUGCUGUGUGUCCUGUUCUGGCCUGAAUGGCCUGCAGCCAGUUUACUUCUCAGUAUCAUCUGCAAAUACAUGGUGGCUUCUUUAGACGAUGUGAAGACUGCUUCACAGACUGACAACCAGGCCAUGAAGACUCUGGCACUGGAUCACUUGGGCAUCAUUGCGGCACGUCUGCGCACAACGGCCUCUCAAGUGCAGAGUGGCACUGUCAAGCAACUGCGGCCGGUGGACGAACUUCUGUCGAAUCACAGUAUCAAAGGGCUACGUGCGCUGAUCUCGGCGCAUCAGGAGCUUGCUUCCUACCUGUGCAAGAAGACCAGCGAGGAUCAGUCAUACGAAAGUGCCCGGGAGCUUGCAGCUGUCGUCUGGGGUCAAGAACUUGCAACUGCACUUCAGCAUUGUGCCUCUGUACUUGCUGACGGUGACGAGGAGCGCGACUCACAGUCCGAUCAAGAUGUCGUCGUGGAUUUCGGGUCACGUCUGAAGGGUGCUCUUCAGGACGUUUGGGAAGACCCCGUCAGCGACGUGUUUGAGAUCGGAGGCUCACAAGAUGAGGCGACCCGUAUGCACCGACUAUGCGAGGAAAUUGGCACCAUCCAGACCUUUAAGAAUUCGUUUACGCCCAUUCUAAAUGCUGUGUUGAGGGCGCUCGAUGCGCCUCCUGUCUUCAUGCGGACCAAGGCGUUGAAGGCAUUAGGUCAGAUUGUUACGAGCGAUCCUCGUAUCCUUUCCUUUCCAAACGUUCGGCGAGCAAUCGAGAGUCAUCUCUUGGACAGUUCAUCCGCCGUCCGAGAUGCUGCCGUCGAACUGAUAGGGAAAUAUAUGAUCGAAUCCCCAGAAUUUGCAGCGGACUACUUUCAGAGGAUCGUUGACCGUAUAGCGGACACGGGGCUUGGCGUGCGUAAGCGUGUCAUCAGGCUCCUGAAGUCGUAUUACUCGGUUACCACAGAACGUUCGCGUCGUGUGGAGAUAUGCGUGAAGAUCGUCCUCCGUAUGGUUGACGAAGAUGACACUGUCAAAGACCUCGCUAUCAAAACUUUGGAGGAGCUUUGGUUUGGAUCGGUGCCGCAGAAGAGUAAGAACAACUCUAUGCAAGCAAUCGAUAGGGCGGAAUUGCAAUCCAAAGUUGCGAUUAUUAUGGGGGUGGCUAGCCACUUCAAGGAUCGUCAGUCACCUCUGGAGGACAUGUUGCACGCCAUCAUGCAUGAUAAGGAUAGCGCGGACGCAUCCCUGGUCAAUAGCAGAUAUGCCGAGAUCUGCGGCGUCCUGAUAGACGGGCUUGUUGACGCGUCUGACCUGCCUGAAUUUACUGUCGUCAACUGUGUACGCACCAUUCAUCUAUUCACGUCGGCAUAUCCAGCUGUGCUUGCCGGCUUCAAUGCCGCCACGUUGUUGCCUUACCUGAAAAACGCUACCACACUUGAGGAGCAGACAACCUCUGACUAUCUGUUGCGCAUCUUCCGUGUCACGAUACCAUUUAUGCCAAAGACCGCUCUGAAGUUCGGACAAGAGUUGCAAUUGACGCUGCAGCCUAUGAUUCUCAAGCCGAUGUCCGGUUUGUCGGGUUUGCAAGAGACUGUCGCAUGCAUGUGCGCUAUCGUCGAGCACAUCACGCACGAGUUUAAUCGACUAGUCGCUCUUUUGAGAUCAUGCAACGCUCGAUUACAACAAGCUCUCUCCAAGUCAGAUGCCCAGUCAGUCAGUGGUUCUGAACAACGUGCUAUAUCCAUCUUGCUCUUCAUUGUAUCGCUGCUCUGCGAAAAUUGUUCAUUCGACCGAUUGAGAGUAGAACAUGAAGCCCUUCGGGCCGAAAUCGACACCAUCUCAAAGGGACCCAUCACCGAACAUGUGUACAACAACUUGCUGAAGCUGUAUCACAAACAUAGUGACGCGAGCUUGCGCGCCCGUAUCUUGCAGUGUCUCGGGUUCCUCUUCCGUGCGCAACCCGCGUUAAUGACCGCUGAACCAUCAGCUGCGGUUAUGGAUGCGAUUUUCUCCUCUCCUGAGGAAGAAGGCCGAACUCGCCUGCUGAAGAUUUUGCAAGACUUCUUAGUAUCCGAGGCUGCGAAGCAUGCUUCAAGAGAAAAGGGUACGCCUGGCAGUUCAUUGCGCGGAUAUCAGGCACUGACUACCCUCAGCGAGCUCACGGGUGAAGUCAGCCACCGCUAUUUGGAUCCCAUUCUGCAGGCCGCACUAUCCCCCAACACGAUAAUACAAUCGGCGGCUGUGGAUAUCCUCAGUUUCACCAUAAAGCAGGGCCUUGCACAUCCACUUCAGUCGUUCCCCGUGAUCGUGGCUCUGGAGACUAGCUCGAGCGCUAUUCUGAGUGGUCGUGCCAGUGCACUUCACAGUAUAUUGCACGGUAAACACACCUCGCUACUGAACACUCGCUUUGUCGUGAGCGCCAGAGCGUCGUUUGACUACCAGAAGAAGCUUCUUCCUGGGCAAGUGCAAGGUUAUCGGAUGCCUGGUCCAAUCGCUCUGUUGUGUCGCUGGUAUACUCUCGUCCGUGAGAAGCGAGCGACCAGGCAGGACUUCCUGAAAUCGCUUGUGAAGGUGUUCGACGAUGAUGUCGACUUCGUUCGAUAUAUGGCCGAGAACUUUGCUGCGUUCGAGUACAAGACGCACGAGGAGGUAUUGACGGUGCUGAAGUACCUGACGGCAGUGCUCUCCACGGCCGGCAUGCAGCUCGUGGAGACGUUGUCUCCGUCGCACCUCCUCGCACAGCUGCACGCGCCGACGUCUACACAGCCUCAGGACGAAGACCAGAGGAUGGCAGAUGCCUCCGUAGCCCCGCAGAGCAGCAGUGCCGCGGCACCCAAGACCGCAAUCACGAAUGUGGAUGAUGCCCUCCCCCUGAUGCGGACGUCGGUCAUUGUAGCCAUGAUCAUGCUGCUGAAGGCGUAUCUGAAGGGGUUGUACGGGAUCUCAGAGGAGAAAUGCGCGAAAUGGGUAGUGGGGAAGAAGAGUGCCGCUGGUGACAAGGCCGUCACGCGGCGGCAUGAACGACCGCUGCUGUGGGAUCGCCUGCCGUUUGCUGCAGCGCCGCUUCUGUCUAGUGCGGACGUCGAAGCGCAACGGGCUAGGUUCCUAGAGGUGUGGAAUGAGGAUGGACUGACUGCUGAACCUGAAGACGACUUUGUGUGA